GAUGGCUACUGUCGAAAGUGAGUGUUUUGAAGUUCUUAACUGUCUUUUAAAGGCUGUUCAAGCCAACGAGGAUUCUAGUUCUUUUGAGAACUCUUGCACGGAUCCUCUGCGGUUGGAUAACUCUGAAAGUCAGUGCACUAGUCGGCUUUCUUCGUCGAAUUUUACGAGGCCAUGUGGAGGUACUGCAUGUCCUCGAAAGCUGGUAGAGUCGGAAACAAGUGAAGAUAUCUUCAAUUCUGACAACCGUGAUUGGAUAAAAUGCUUAGAGAAACUUCCAGGAUUUACUCAUGAAAAGCUGGAGAAUAAGCUUGUAAAAAAUAGCCGUACAAUGCCUGAUAAAAUGGCUCCAAAAGCUUAUCGAAAUAUGAAGAAAGGCUAUGGACUAUGGAAAGAAGGUUAUGUAAAAAGUACUUUUGUCAAGCCAAAUGUGCAAGCCUCGAAGCUGUUGUUGGUGGUGAAAGCGCGUGUUGGUGCUUCCAUGAAGAGCGUCAGCUAUCCUGUUUAUGUUCAUUUAAUCCAAGUUAACGGUGAAGUGGAAUAUGCUAAGUGUUCUUGUAAGGCUGGCCAAGGAGGUUGCUGCAAACACGUAGCUGCUCUAUUGUACACUAUUUUGGACUUUGUCAAUCUGAAUUUGAAACACGUUCCUGUGGAAUUGACAUGCACACAACUUCCUCAAAAAUGGAGUGUGCCCUCUGGAAGCUCAAAGACCCUGGACAAAGGUGUUAAAUUUGAAGAAAUGCUAUUUGAAAAAGUUGAUGUGAACAAACCUGCCAAAAGGUAUAUUGUAAAAGGGAGUAGGGAAGACUAUUGUGCUACUCCACCAUUUGCUCGGACUGUGACUGCAGAAGAAAUUAAGUCUAUGGCAAAUGCAUUUGAGAAAGCCAAUUGCGCUUCACUAUUUCGUGAAGCUAUAGCCUCAAAUAACUAUAAGCCAUGUGAACUUUUCGAGACAUCUUGUAAUCAGUUGCAAAAUAGAAAACUGGACAACAGCUCUGUUCCUAUUCCAACGCAAAUACCACCAAGUCAACUGGUUGAUCAGAUCUUUAAAAAUGUGCCAAAUGGUUACACCCCUCCAUCUGAUUACAGCCCAGAACAACUAGAACUAGUAAAACAAAAGUUGGGUUGA